AUGCCAUCCAUGGGAGGCCCGCGACACAAGGCGGCCUUGAAGGGUCUAGUGAUCCUACUCACCUUCGGCCUUCCUCACAGACGACACGGCGCGAAUCUCAACCUGCCACUACGCAUACUCCCGCUUGGCGACGCGAUAACAUGGGGCUGGCAGCCGAGACAAGAGAAUGGAACGGACGGAUACCGCGCGCGACUGUUGCGCGAGCUUGUACGUGCGCGCUAUCAUUCAGUUGACUUUGUUGGCACGCAGCGCUCUGGGUUCAUGGACAACAAUGAAAACGAGGGUCAUCCGGGGUCCACAAUAAGCCAGCUACAAGGUGCGAUGAGAGCUGGGCUACAAUUACGGCCAAAUUUAGUGCUUCUACACGUUGGCACGAAUGAUUUAGCUCGUCCCGAGAGCACACAAGAGAGAUGGCUAGAUGCGCCGAAGCGGUUGGCAAGGCUACUGGACGACGUACUCGAUGCAUGCCCGGACGCUGUCGUGCUCGUCGCAAAGAUCAUACAAGCGGAAAAGACGCAAACCAUGGAAAACAUAAAAAUAUUUAAUGAUGCGGUGCCCACAGUUGUGAAGAAGAAGCUUGAACAAGGCUUCAAGCUCGCGGUCGUCGAUCAUAGCGUCGUAGGACCUAAUGAAUUGGUUGAUGGGCUGCAUCCGUCGUAUGCUGGGUACUUUCAUAUGGGAGAUAUUUGGCUUGAUGCUAUCAAGACCGUCAGUGCCCAAGGGCUAAUGACACCGCCCGUCGCAGUGCAGCAUCAGACAUGA